AUGGCUGUUGGUGCUUCGGCCGUGUCUCACAAUGAGGCGAAUGCCUACACACAUCUUAUGGACCCGCGAAGAAAGUGGUAUAACAACAGACGGCUCAUCGCUCUGAAUGCGUGGAUUGUUCUGUUGUUGAUCACUUCCAGCACGAACGGAUAUGAUGGGUCGAUGGUUAACGGCUUGCAGUCUCUCCCGCAAUGGGAGCAGUCGUUCAACAACCCCACCAAAGGAAAACUAGGGCUGCUCAGUGCGAUACAAAACAUCGGUGCUCUUGCGGGCUAUCCUUUCGCUCCAUAUCUUUCUGAUGGAAUUGGCCGACGAGCAACAGUUUUCAUUGGCGCACUCAUCAUGGUGAUCGCGACUGUCAUUCAAACCGCUGCACAGUCGGUGGGGAUGUUUAUUGGUGCUAGGUUCAUUCCUCAUUGGUUUCGGGCUGACAUUCGCUGGCAAGCUUUACUGAGAUUUGAUCUCUUGUUAAAAUUCACGUCGUGCUUAGCUAAUGCUGCUCCAAUGCUUGUAACGGAGUUAUCAUACCCUAAAUAUCGCGCAUCGCUCACAUCGGCUUACAAUUCCCUGUGGUACUCCGGUGCGAUUGUAGCAGCCUGGACGACUUUCGGCACCUUCAAGAUCAACAGCACUUGGUCAUGGCGCGUUCCGUCAGCCCUCCAAGCGCUUCCCAGCGUCCUUCAAGUCCUGCUCGUUUGGUUUGUUCCGGAAUCACCUCGUUACCUCGUGAGCAAGGGUCGCGAGACCGAAGCACUGAAGACUUUGGCAUACUAUCACGCUGAUAGCAAUGAAGACGAUCCCCUUGUGCGAUACGAAUUUGAAGAGAUCAAAUCGGCCAUCGAGUUUGACAAGACUGUUGCACAAAACAUUGGCUGGCAUGCCUUCAUUUCAAGCCCUGGUAACCGAAAACGUGUCCGCAUCAUUGUCGCCAUCGCAUUCUUCUCGCAAUGGUCGGGCAAUGGACUUGUUUCUUACUAUCUGAACAAGGUCCUUGACCAAAUGAGCAUCACCAACCCCACAACACAGCUACUGAUCAAUGGCAUUCUGUCGAUUUGGAACCUCGGAUGGGCAUUAGCUGCUUCAUCCAUGGUUGAGCGCUUUGGGCGUCGACUUCUCUUCCUUACCUCUGCUGUCCUCAUGACCAUUUUUCUCGCCCUCCAAACAGCGUGCUUUGGGCGCUUCCGUGUUGCGGGAGACUUCCAUUCAGCACACGCCGCGCUUGCAUUCAUUUUCUUGUUCUAUGCUGCUUACGAUAUUGCCUUCAGUCCCCUCAUCGUUACCUACACGCUCGAAAUCUUGCCAUAUAAGCUUCGUGCCAAGGGAUUCAACAUAUUCAACUUCACGAUCUCUCUUGCUCUCAUAUUCAACCAAUACGUCAAUCCAAUAGCUUUCGAUGCAUUGAGUUGGAAAUACUACAUUGUUUAUUGCGCAUGGCUCGUUUGCGAAACGAUCUUCUUGUACUUCUUCGUGAUCGAAACGAAGAACCGCACUCUCGAGGAAACGGCGGCCCUCUUCGACGGCGAGGACGCGACGGAGCAGAUUGCUGAUGCAGCCGCUAAGCAGGCGGGAGCUGUCCAUGACAUCCUGGAGGAUUCCGAGAAAGCAGCUUCAGGUUCCGCGAUUCACGAAAAGUAA